AUGUCCGCGCUCGUGAUGAUGGGACAGACGAGAGCAAUGAGGAGGGCGUCACGCUUGGGGACUGAUCUUUUUAGCGCCAAAACUCGAACGGGAACGCUUCUCCUCCGACCAUAUCACCCUUCCUCAAUAUCUGGGUACCCCUUUGCUACCUCGUUCCGCUCGAAGCGGCUGUACUCCUCGACCGCGGCUAGCGAAAGCUCCUUGCUCUCUGCCCACCCGGUGAUCAAGGACAAGAAGGAUGGCAAGCCGCUCGGAGUACGCGCCGAGCAUGCUGUGAUUUCAACAUUCGAUUUGUUCUCCAUUGGCGUUGGCCCCAGCUCAAGCCAUACCGUCGGGCCUAUGAGAGCUGCAAAGAUCUUUGUCCAUUCACUUCCAGCCCAUAUCCACCCCCAUAUCGCGUCUAUCAAAUGCUCCCUCCAUGGCUCGCUCGCGGCGACGGGUAUGGGCCAUAUGACGCCCCAUGCAACACUUCUAGGUCUCAUGGGCGAGGAUCCAGAGACGGUAGAGGUGGGUAGGCUGGAACGAGUGAUGGAUGAGGUCAAGGAUGCUGGUGGGUUGAGCUUGGGGCUUGGGCAUGGGAAAGGGACGAAGAGGGUCAAGUUUGAUCUGGAUAGGGAUCUGACUUGGCACCUCAACCCGCUACCCGCUCAUCCGAACGGCCUCCGGUUCACAGUCUUCAAUAACGAAGGCGACAUGCUCGCGACCAACGAAUUCUUCAGCGUUGGCGGUGGCUUUGUCAUCAACGAAGAGACUCAGACCGCCGAGAACAUGUACUACAUGGGGAUCGACAAGGAGGACGUCGAGGCCAGCCGGAAGGAUCAAACGCACGGCAUGGAACAAGCGGAUGCCAGUGAUGGCGGGCAGCUUCUACUGCCCGAAAUUGGAGUGGGUUCAGCUGGAAAGCAGACUGCAGGUGGCGGAACGAGAACGUCGGGCACGGAACUCUCAGGCCGACCUCCCUUCCUUUUCGCCACGGCCGAGGAGCUGAAUCGGAUCUGCCUCGAGCAGGACAUGACCAUCGCGCAGGUCGUAUGGGAGAACGAGCUGGCCUUCCGCAGUGCGGACGAGAUCAGGGCCGGUCUCUUAGGCUUGUGGGAAGUGAUGGACAGCUGCAUUCGGACCGGCGUCACUUCACUCGAGCCCGUCUUGCCUGGCCCAUUCAAGGUCCGCCGUCGCGCUCCGGGACUUUACCGACGUCUGCAGAAAGGCUUCUACCCUACAGUCGAGAUCAACCGAGCUACGUCGUCCGACUUGUCGUCCGUCAACCCGGACGGAUCAGCAUCGACAGAGAAGGGUAUCGCCAAGCGGGUCGGUCGGGCGGACCACCCGCUUCAGGUCGUUCCCUUCCGCACGACUCCUGUCUUUCCGGGUAUCGAGUAUCUGAGCUGUAUGGCUAUCGCAGUUAAUGAGGUCAACGCAGCAGGAGGGAGAGUUGUGACUGCCCCGACGAACGGUGCCGCGGGUGUCAUUCCUGCAACCCUCAAAUACGUGACCGAGUUCAUAUCCCAUUCGCCAGAACGAGACAUCAUGACCUUCCUCCUUACCGCGUCAGCCAUCGGAAUGCUCUUUAAGCGGGGAGCCACAAUCUCUGCGGCCGAGGGCGGAUGUAUGGCAGAAGUCGGGGUCGCUUGUUCGAUGAGUGCAGGAGCUAUCGCGGCUUGCUUAGGCGCUGAACCCGCCGUCAUUCUUCAAGCGGCCGAGAUUGGGAUAGAGCAACGGAACAGCCUGGGCGCUGUCAAGGCCGUUACUGCGGCGCAGCUUGCAAUGGCCGGAGAGGGACAGCAUACUGUGUCACUGGACGAUGCUAUCGAAGCUUGCCGUACUACCGCGCUCGACAUGCACAGUCACUACAAGGAAACAAGUCUUGCAGGUCUGGCAACUACGGUGCAAAUUCCGCUUUCUUCGCCCGCAUGCUAG